AGGAAAAACUGGUCUAGGUUUGCCUAUAAGAAGCUGGUGGAGGGAGUGUUGUCUUAUCAAAGAAGCAAAGGUUCUCAUGUAGCUGGGUGCCUAGUUUUCCUGCAGCUAUUCUACCUAAGUGUACUUGGUGAAAGAACCCUGAUGAUUCCUAGGAUAGAAGGUCCUGUGAGGUCAUUUGGUCGAAAUGAGUGUAAUAGGAUCUACAAAUGGAUCGAAGGCCUCGGGGGAUUCGAUGCAACUGAAGGAAUAUGGGUUACAAAGAGACAUACAACGGUUAGAUCGACAACUAAUUCAGGUUCUCGGGAUUACAGCACCGGGUUGAAAACCAAUUUGGUCGAUGACGUUUCUGAUUUGAAAAGGAACAUGGCUGUGGUAAAAGAUGGGGUAGAGAGAUUGGAAUCAAUUGCGCGACAGAUGGGUCCAGACGUUGCUUACAUGAGGAAGUCUUUGAUGGAAUUACAUUUUUCUGUUUUGGAGAAAUUUGGUGAAGGUAUGGAGGAUUUUGUUAGUGAUGUCGAGACGGCUGUCCGCUUACACUUUGAAAAGUCUAUAUCUGGAACGCCGGUGGGCUGGGAAAAUGAGACAUCACAUCCCGAAUGUAAUGAAGGGACUGAUACCUUACACAGAGACGGACUGCCUAAGACGAACAUAGAAGUGCCGCAGGAUCAUGUGAAACCUACACCUACAGAGUUAUGUAGUUUUGGUGGGAGUAAGUUUGGAAGCGUAGCCGAUCUAUCUCCGGAAGAUAAGGAUUUGAUGGCGUACCUAUUUAGCUUAAAGUCCCGCAGAGGCGAUAUUUUGGGAAGCAGCAAUGAAAUUGGAAAAUACAGUGGUUUCAGUGUUUCUAUCUGGGACCUCAAGUGCCUGUCUGCCAAAAAUUGUAUCAGCAGUGAGGUUAUAAACUUGAUGGGAGCGUAUUGUUUUGCUAAUACUGAUGACCUCUGGUUUUUGCCGACUUAUUUCUCCGUAUGACGUGUAGUUGGUUAAGUAACACUGAAAUAUGAUUUAUUUGCCAUACCGCAUGAUCUUUCAAAAUAUGAACAUGAAACUGUGAUGCAGGAGCGUGCACAAGAAGUUGUACCGGAAACUCAUGUUGAAUCCCACAUAGCAUCCACCAUUGCCUUAUGCAAUCUACGAAAAUUACAUGGCCAGUUACAUGCUUGUAACAAGAUAUUUAUUCCCAUGAACGAUUCCACACUUGAGCAUUGGUACCUAGCCGUUCUGAACAUUGCAGAAGGUGGAUGUGAGAUAUGGGACAGCAUUCCGGACAUCUCAGUGCGGCAGCGACGAGAGGAAUCUGUUGUGGCCGUGAUUGUUCUCCUACAGAGGCUGUUUGCAAUGGAAUUGCAACAUUAUCCACAUCUUUCUUCAAAACUGGCCUCCUCUAGUAUCAUGUAUCCUGAAAUCAAUCCCACGCAGUCAAACCACAUGGACUCUGGUAUCUUCACAAUUCGGAAUAUGCAGCAUUACAGGGACUGCUGGCAUGAAGGGUUCAACUCUGGUGAUCAGAGGAUUAGGCUUGCACUUGAGAUUGUCAAUGACAAGUCCAACGAGUGCGCAGACAAUGUUCGGGAAUCUGUUAAAUGUUGGAAGAAGGGAUUUUGUUUUGCGCGUGCUGGACCAUCUAGAAGUGGAGAUGCAUCAUUUGGAGAUAAUUGCGACCCCAGUUUAGUCCCCGAGCACUAUUAAGUUUAAGCCCCGCCUUCCGCGUCGUUCGUAGUUGCCGAUGCAGCUACUGAUUCCGAACCCGGUUAAUAAUGUUAGGGAUGGGAGAAGGGAUUGCGAGAGAUGUGAAGGGCUCUAGUAUAAGUGUACUUGUGUCAAACCUAAUGUGUAUUUUCGUUUGUAAUUUAAAUCCGCAUAAAUCGGACAAUGACUUUGACAAUCUGCGCACUAUGCACAAUGAUUUCAAAAUG